AUGGACGUCCUCCUCCAUUGUGCAGACGAGUACGUUCUCGAUAAUCUCUACUCAAAGAUCUUGUCCACACCUGCUUUCUCUGGCAACAAUACUGUUUUCGCCCCAACAACGGCUGAAUGGACUCGUGACAAUGACUGGCGCAUCGUCCUCUCAUUGUCAGUCUUGGUGACGCUUGGUGGCUGGUUCUUUUAUCUUGCAGCAGCAACCUUCUCUUAUUACUUUAUCUUUGAUCAUGAGACGAUGAAGCAUCCCAAAUUCCUCAAGAACCAAGUACGUCUUGAGAUCGAUUGUGCUGUAAAGGCUGUUCCUGGUUUUGCAUUGCUCACCGUGCCCUGGUUUUGGGGCGAAGUCAAGGGAUACUCAAAGCUCUACGAUGGCAUGCCAACCACUACCUAUGAAUGGGUCUAUUUCCUUGUUAGCAUGCCUCUUUUCCUCUUCUUCACCGAUUGCGGCAUCUACCUUGUUCAUCGUGCUCUUCAUUCAAAACUCCUCUACAAGCGUUUGCAUAAGCCCCACCACAAAUGGAUCGUGCCAACGCCUUUUGCUUCGCAUGCAUUCCACCCAUUGGAUGGCUAUCUCCAAUCUGUGCCAUAUCAUCUCUAUGUUUACUUGUUCCCUAUGCAAAAGUGGCAGUACAUUUUCAUGUUUGUCUUUGUCAACUGCUGGACGGUCAUGAUUCAUGAUGGCAACUUUAUCUCCCGCUCCACUGUGAUCAACACCACCGCUCACCACACUGUGCACCAUUUGUACUUCAACUACAACUAUGGCCAAUACUUUACUUUUUGGGAUCGUUUGGGUGGAUCGCAUCGUGAGCCCACUGAUGAGCAAUACAAUGCCGAGCUUCGAUCUGACAAGAAGGUGUGGGCUCAACAAGCCAAGGAAGCCGAAUCCAUUGAAGCUGAAGUGCUUCGUAAACGCAACAAGCAAAAAUCCAACUAG